AGAGAGAGAGAGAGAGAGAGAGAGAGAGAGAGAGAGAGAGAGAGAGAGAACCUGAGCUUCGUCGAGGUCAGCCGGGGAAAUCGAUUUUUGUUUUUUCAGAAGGAACAACGAAGAUGAUGAUCUCUCAGUUCUUCGUCUUGUCUCAGCGAGGCGACAACAUCGUCUUCCGCGACUAUCGUGCUGAGGUGCCGAAAGGAAGCACGGAGACAUUCUUCCGUAAAGUUAAGUUCUGGACAGAAGACGGGAAAGAGGAGGCACCCCCUAUCUUUAAUGUGGAUGGCGUGAACUACUUCCACGUGAAGGUUGUUGGACUGUUUUUUGUAGCUACAACAAGGGUGAAUGUCUCGCCAUCUCUUGUUUUGGAGCUUCUACAAAGGAUUGCCCGUGUUAUUAAGGAUUACCUUGGUGUCCUGAACGAAGAUUCAUUUAGAAAAAAUUUUGUGCUGGUUUAUGAGUUGCUCGACGAAGUAAUCGAUUUUGGCUAUGUGCAAACAACAUCUACCGAAGUUCUGAAAUCCUAUGUAUUUAAUGAGCCGAUUGUAGUUGCUCCUGCACGCCUUCAACCAAUUGAUCCUGCUGCCAUCUUCACGCAGGGAGCCAAAAGAAUGCCUGGGACAGCUGUUACUAAAUCUGUUGUAGCUAAUGAGCCUGGGGGCAGGAGGCGAGAGGAAAUUUUUGUGGACAUCAUCGAGAAAAUCAGUGUUACUUUCAGUUCUAGCGGCUAUAUAUUGACUUCUGAGAUAGAUGGCACCAUUCAAAUGAAGAGCUACCUUUCUGGAAAUCCAGAAAUUCGUUUAGCUCUCAAUGAAGAUCUAAGCAUAGGAAGGGGAGGAAGAUCGAUAUAUGAUUAUCGGAGUUCAUCUGGUGCAGGAGCUGUGAUACUUGAUGAUUGCAACUUUCACGAAUCUGUUCGGCUUGAUAGCUUUGAUAUGGAUAGAACUUUGUCCCUGGUUCCACCAGAUGGUGAAUUCCCAGUCAUGAAUUACCGUAUGACCCAGGAGUUCAAAGCUCCUUUUCAUGUGAAUACCCUGAUCGAAGAAGCAGGACGCCUGAAGGCCGAAGUGAUUAUCAAAAUACGUGCCGAGUUUCCUUCAGACGUAGUUGCAAAUACAAUUACUGUGCAGAUGCCGUUGCCAAAAUACACUUCCAGGGCUAGUUUCGAGGUAGAAACAGGCGCUGCUGGGCAGAGGACGGAUUUCAAGGAAUCCAGUAAGAUGCUUGAAUGGAAUUUGAAAAAGAUCGUUGGUGGGGCAGAACACACAUUGCGUGCAAAGCUGACAUUUGCACAGGAAUCACAUGGUAAUAUCACAAAGGAAGCCGGGCCUGUAAGCAUGACAUUCACGAUACCAAUGUACAAUGUUUCCAGACUUCAGGUAAAAUACUUGCAGAUAGCGAAGAAAUCGAGCACUUACAAUCCGUAUCGCUGGGUCAGAUAUGUCACUCAGGCCAAUUCCUACGUGGCCCGGAUAUGAUCGAUCAUAUGUCCAAAAGGCUCCUAAAGAUGGUAAUCCUUCCAUGACUGUAAGCUACACUUUCGCCUUUUUUUUCGCUCUGCUCGGUGUUUACAUCCUCAGACUAAGGUGAAAAAAAUUUCCGGUACAAAUAUGUUCAUCGGAUAAAAGUAUAAAUACUUGUUGUGCUUUUUAGGUCUUUCUAGCAAAUAUGCUUUCUGGGUUUAUCUGAAUAAAAUCAUGUGCAUGUUUUGUUU